GUAUAAAGGUUCGUUAAUUGAUUGAGGUUGUCGGCUGUCGCGCAUUCCUGGACCCGAAGGUAUAGAAAAGCUGCCAAAAAUUACCAAAGCUGCCACUAUGGCGGUGUCGAAUACUACGACUUCGUUGUCUCAGCUUUCAAGUGGUCAUUCAGCACUGUUCGAGAAUUUAUGGAGACAGGCGGAUGUCUUAGGAACUGGUCAACUCAGUGCAGAUGAUGCUGCCAGAUUUCUUAAAAAAUCUAGUCUCGGUGAUUCAGUAUUGCAUGAGAUAUGGAAGUUAGCCAAUCCACUAGGAAAACCUCAUUUGGAUAAACAUGGAUUUUAUGUAGCAUUGCGACUUAUAGCAAAUGCCCAAAAUAGCAAAGAAGUCAGUCUACUUCACAUCUCCACACCAGGUCCUGCUCCAAAUUUGGGUGAAAUGAAAAUCUCAUCUGUCAUACCAACUUUGCCUAGUGAUAGCCUGGGAUGGUUAAUUCAGGGAGCGGAGAAGUCAAAGUAUGAUGGGAUAUUUGAGUCCUUGGUUCCUGUCAAUGGUUUGCUCUCUGGCGAUAAAGUCAAACCCGUGCUGUUGAAUUCUAAGCUUCACGUGGAUGUUCUGGGGAGAGUAUGGGAUUUAUCCGAUAUAGAUAAAGAUGGAAUGCUAGAUAAAGAGGAAUUUGCCGUUGCGAUGUAUUUAGUGUACAAAGCUCUUGACGGAGAGACAGUUCCUCAUAUCUUACCAUCAAGACUUGUACCACCUUCUAAAAGAUCCCUAAUUCGUGGUUCACCCAACGUGUCACCUGGCGUCUCACCUACCCCAAAUAUGAUAUCAGCUACUGUUUCGCACGGAUCCAAUGAGACACCUUGGGUUGUGACUGCGGCAGAUAAAGCAAAAUACGACGCAAUGUUCAAAACUGCUGAUAAAGAUAAUGAUAAUUUAGUGACAGGUGAUGAAGUAAAGAAUAUAUUUAUGGCAUCUGGGUUGCCACAGUCGCUACUUGCUCAUAUAUGGGGUUUAAGUGACAUGAAUAAUACUGGGAGGCUAAAUAAUGAACAAUUCUGUCUUGCGAUGUAUCUUAUCCAUCAAAAAGUAAAGGGCAUUGAACCGCCGCAAACAUUACCACCUGAAAUGAUUCCACCUUCAAUGCGCGCUGCUGGAAAGCCUGUGGUGCCCGCUAGUUCUGCCUUAGAUGACGCAAGCAAGAGCAGCAAACCAUCAUCAAUGGCUGGUGAACUGGAUAAAAUAACGAAAGAAAUUGAAGAAUUGGGAAAGACCAAGACGACGCUCCAGAAGGAAAUCGAGGAGAAUGAAGACUUAGUUCGCCACAGACAUAUUGAAGUUCAAGAUUUAGAAAAUGAACUUGAAAAAGCGAAGGACGAAAUGAAACAAUUAGAGAAAAGAAAAGACGACACUAAAAGUCAAUUGGAUAAAUUAGAUGAUGAUAAAGCUAAAUAUGAAGGUCUUCUCAAAGAAGUACAAACAAAAUGCCAAGAAGAGACACAAAAGAUAAACAGUUUGAAGUCUCAAAUCGCCGAAGAAGAUUUGGCCAUUCAGAGUCAAGAAGAUAAAUUAAGCGCAGCAAGAAAUGAAUUAAAUAAAUUGAGACAGCAAGAAACUGAAUUAGAAAAAGAGGUACAAGAGGAAAAAGACAAACUAGAAAAUGUACAAAAACAAGUAAAAACGGUGCAAACAGAAAUUUCACAAGUCCAAGCUAAACUAAAUGCGGUAAAGGAAUCAAACGCGACAUUAAAUGGUGAAAUAAGUACCUACAACGGCUUACUGCAAUCAGGGGGCAGUCUCAACAACCACUCAAAUUCAUUAGGCAUGACAGAGUUCGCUCCUAUUGGUUCAGAUGGUUUUAGUGAUUUGAUAACGACGACGUCGGAGAUGGACUCGAUGAGUAUGAGAGCCACCGCAGGAAGCAGUCCAGUUAGUAGCAUAAGUGGAUUCAGUGUUGGAUCAGGAAGAGUGGACGAGGCUGUUGAUGAUUUUAAGGACAAAGACGGCGACAAUGAUGAUAAGGAAGUGGAUCCAUUUAAAAGUAAAGAUGAUUCAGAACCAUCUGACCCAUUCACGUCGGACGAUCCAUUCAAAUCAGAUCCAUUUGCUCAAUUCAAAACCGUCUCGUUCGCGGAUCCAUUUUCCUCUGAUCCGUUUGAGGAAAAAGAUCCAUUUGGUAGUUCAGAUGGAAAAUCGCCGGGUAGUCCAUUCAAGUCGGAUCCAUUCGCGAAUCCGGUAGCCUCCGAUACAACGCCGACAUCAUCAUCUGAUCCCUUCACCACUCCUGUAGAUCCAUUUCAAGCCACAUUCCCUAAUGAAAAGAAUUCCACAGAUGAUUUCUUCUCAGGGGAUCCAUUUAAAUCUACAUCAAAAUCUAGCAGUUCUAGUAAAGAUCCAUUUCAAAGUUCGGAUUUCUUUUCUGGAACUGAUUUGUUCGACGGACGACCGGACGACGGUGCCAAAGAAAACAAUAAACUUCCUGAGAAUGAUGCCUUUUCAAGUACCAAAACUGAUCCAUUUGGUUCCAGCUCUACCAAGAGUAAUAAUGAUCCCUUCACUGCAUCAUUUGCGAGUUUUCCUGAACCUUCAAAGCAAAGACACAAUAAGGGAACAAAAGCAGAAAAAGACAUGAUUGAAUGGGCAAAACGACAGAGUAGAAAAGAUGAAAAGGACAGACAAAAGAAAUUAAAAUCCUUACAAGAUGAGGAAGAAAAACAAAUAGCUCUUGCAUUGAAAAAAUCGUUAGAAGAAUCAAAUGCCUAGUAAUUGCAGGGAAAACCCUUUUAGUUCAACUUGAAUUCAGGAUUUACUCCCAAUAUGAGAAACUCUGAAUAUAAAAUUGAAAUCGUGAACAAAUUAUAUAU